AUGGCCAAGUUUUUGUCUCUCUUUGCAAAGCCGUUUCCUAUCAUUGGAAUGAUUCACGUGCGUGCAUUACCUGGAACUCCUCUACACAAAGACAGUAUAGAACGCAUUAUCAGUGAAGCGCGUGCUGAAGCGAGCAUCUAUAGUGACUGCGGAGUGGACGGAGUGUUGGUUGAAAACAUGCAUGACAUUCCCUACAUGAGGCCCAACGAUGGUGUUGGCCCGGAAAUUACGGCCGCCAUGACGAGAGUGGCGUUGGCGGUACGUGAGAUGGUGCCGGACGUGCCUUGUGGAGUGCAAAUAUUGGCGGGAUGCAAUCGGGAAGCGCUGGCCGUCGCCAAGGUGUGCGAGCUGCAGUUUAUUAGGGCCGAAGGAUUCGUGUUUGGGCACAUGGCUGACGAAGGUUUUACGGAUGCAUGUGCCGGGUCUUUGCUGCGAUAUCGUAAACAGAUCAAUGCAGAUGAGGUGCUGGUUAUUACCGAUAUCAAGAAAAAGCACAGCUCGCAUGCCAUAACGGCUGACGUAUCGCUACCGGAAACGGCACACGCGGCAGAGUUCUUCCUUUCUGACGGCCUUAUCAUCACUGGAAGCUCAACAGGCUUCAGUGCCGAGCAGGGUGAUUUGGAGUCUCUGCAUGGAAAAACUACUUUACCGCUCAUCAUCGGCUCUGGUUUAACGCUGGACAAUCUGCAAAACUAUUGGACGCUGGCGCACGCAGCAAUUGUUGGUUCCCAUUUCAAAAUAAACGGACAUUGGAAUGCUGACCUGUGCCGAAAGCGUGUGCAAGCUUUCAUGAACGGUGUAGAAACGUUACGACUUCAGUUUCCAAGUUAACA